CUGUGACUAGAUGCUUACUAGCUAACUUUCUGAUGUAGCCUAAUUUACCUAGAUACUCUAGCUAGCUAGUUACAUCUUAUAUGCACUAAAACGUAUCUAAGGAUAAAUUAACUGUCAUUCAAAACAAACAAGGUAACAAAUACUAAUCUGUAAACACCAACGUAAAUUAUGUGAAUCUUUUCAUAUAUUUUGAUAGUUAUUUGUCAAUUUAGCUGUCGCUAGUUAAAUAAGUAACUAGUUAGCUAGCUAACGAUCCAGCUAAUUACUAACUUUAGAAAGCUAACCAAGGAAGCCGACCAAAUUAUUUCUUCUUUUUUGUCGUAGGAAAUAACUCCACUUUAUUUAUAGCUAUUAAGAACCAAUACAUGUAUUAUUUGUUGUGAAAUCUUUCUUUUUAUCGUUUCCUUGCAGACUGCUAGGCUAACCAGCUAGUCCUCUAGCUAACUAGCUAGCUAAGUUGCUAGGUCCUUUGAGCAAUGGCAGCAGUUGCGGUACAGUCCCACUUCAUAUUUGGUGUGCGUACAGGAGUAACAAAUAAUUUGCUAUUUUUCGAUGAGCAAACAGUUAUAUUCCCAUGUGGAAACAACUGCGUGCGCUACAACAUUGACCAGGGAUGUCAGAAGUUCAUUCCAGGCACAGAACGGAGCCGGGCCAUGCAGGCGUUGGCCAUCAGCGCCAACCGGCGAUACCUUGCCGUGUCAGAGCGUGGCGACAAGGCUACCAUCACCGUGUACGACCUACAGUACGAGCAGAGCCGGAAAAGAAAGGUUCUGACCGGGGGAGAAGUUCCAGUGCAUGAGUUCGUCUGCAUGGCCUUCUCACCCGACUCCAAAUACCUCAUAGGCCAGGCUGGAGGCCCAGAAUGGACCUUGUUUUACUGGGUGUGGGAGAAGCAUAAGGUGAUGGCCACAGUAAAGACCACAAACACCGGCCCCAUCAGUCAGGUCAGUUUCAAUCCCCAGGACAACACCCAGAUCUGUGUGAGCGGUAAUGGGGUGUUUAAGCUCUUUCACUACGCUGAAGGAGCCUUGAAGCAGUCCAGUCUCAUAAAACUCGACACACAAAAUGUCCUGUCUCACGCCUGGAUGUCUGAGGAGCGGCUCAUCGCCGGCACGGCAGCGGGACGCCUGCUGGUUUUUGAGUCAGAUGACCUACGCUGGGAGACGAGUGUGACAAGCAAGGCGUCCACGCAGGAGGCUGAGAAACAAGCUAAGAAGAGCAGGUCCGAGGAAACGCCCCCAGAACCCGCUCUGUUGCCGCGGAUAACGGCCAUCGUAGCCUACUCUAAGGGUUUCGCCUGCUCAGCCGGCCCAGGCACUGUGUGCCUCUUUGAGAAGACGGAGGAGAAGGACAGCUACAGGAAGACCCGGGAAAUAAGGAUCCCGGCCGACCUGUGCACCAAUGAGCCGGGCCAGGCAGAGCAGCAGGAGGUCUCCACGCUGUGCCUCAAUCCCUCGGAGGAGACCCUGGCUGCCAGCACCAACCGUGGCCAGCUCUACCACAUCUCCCUCUUCACGGCCGAGAUGAGCAAGGGUGAGCAGGCCCAAUUCGAGUUCCUCUCCCAUUCAUUCCACUCUGGGGUCAUUACCGGCCUGUCUGUCUGCAUACGGAAACCCCUCAUCGCCACCUGCUCGCUAGACAACUCAGUGCGCAUCUGGAACUUCGAGACCAAUGCUCUGGAGCUGUAUAAGGAGUUCCAGGAGGAGUCGUACAGUGUGGCCCUGCACCCUUCCGGACUCUUCCUCCUGGUUGGCUUCUCUGACAAGAUGCGUCUCAUGAACCUGCUCAUCGAUGACAUCCGCACAGUCAAGGAGUUCACCGUGCGCGGUUGCCGCGAGUGUGCCUUCAGCCAGGGGGGCCACAUGUUUGCCGCUGUCAACGGCAAUGUGAUUCACAUCUACUCCGCCACAACCUUCGACAACAUCCUGAAUCUGAAGGGCCAUAACAGAAAGGUGCGGUCGAUCGCAUGGAACGCAGACGACAGCCGAGUGGUGUCGUGUGGGCUGGAUGGCGCCGUGUACGAAUGGAACGCGCUCAGUGGCAAGCGCGAGUCCGAGAGCGUGCUCAAGUCUUGUGGCUACAUCGCUGUGGCCCUCUCCCCCGACUCCAAGACGGCAUUCGUUGUGGGGAAUGACUGCACGCUGAAGGAGAUCCAGGACUGGCAGAUCUUGAGAGAAAUGGCUUCAAAUGACGCUCCCUACACAGCAGUGGCCAUGACCCACUCAGGCCGGGCACUCUUCACGGGCACCGCCAUUGGCACCGUGAGAGCCAUCAAAUACCCUUUGCCCUUGAAAAAGGACUGGAUAGAGUACCAGGGCCAUUCUGCUCCCAUCACGAAAAUGGCCAUCACGUUUGAUGACCAGUACCUACUGUCCGCUUCAGAGGAUGGGUGCCUGCUCAUCUGGAAGAUCAUCGACAAGGAAGGGCGUGGGUUGAAGAGAGACAAAGAAAUUAUCUAUGCAGAGGAGAUCCUCAUUACCAAGAGUGAUCUGGAGGAAAAGAACCACUUCAUGCUGGAGCUAAAGACCAGGGUGAAGGAGCUGAAGGUGGAGAACGAGUACCAGCUGCGUGUUAAGGACAUGAACUACAAUGAGAAGAUCAAGGAGCUCUCAGAGAAGUUCAUACAGCAGAUAGAGUCUCUAAAAACCAAGAACCAGAUGCUGAAGACCGAGAAGGAGAAACAGGAGGUGUCUCACCAGGAAGCCCUGAAUGAGGUCAUGGAGAAACACAGCAAAGAGCUGCAGGACCUGGAGUCCACGAACAACCAGAAGCUGAUGCUGGAGUACGAGAAACACCAGGAGCUGCAGCUGAAGUCACAGCGCAUGCAGGAGAGCUACGAGGAGAAGCUGCAAGAGCUGGAGGUGGCCAGGCACCGUGCCCUGGAGGACAUGCAGCAGCUGUAUGAGGCCAAGCUGCAGGAGAAGGAGCAGGUGCUGGGCCAGUGUCAGGACAAGUCAUGGCAGCAGGUGCGAGAGUUUGAAGAGAUGAAGAAGCAGAUGGAGGAGGAUGGUGACCUUGAGCUGCAGGACAUCAGCAUCCACUAUGAGCGCGAGCUGCAUGAAAAGAAGGAGGCUAAUCUCAGGCUCAAGGGGGAGAAGGGGCUCAUGGAGAACAAGUUAAGUAGUCUGCAGGAGGAGAUGAGCAAGAGGAACCAGGAGAUCAAGAAGCUGAAGGUGGAUCAACAGAAGCUGCAGGCAGUGAUCAAGUCUCUGGAGAAGGACAUCAUGGCCCUGAAAAGGGAGAUCCAGGAAAGGGACGAGACCAUCCAGGACAAGGAAAAACGCAUCUAUGAUCUGAAAAAUAAGAACCAGGAGCUGGAGAAGUUCAAAUUUGUGCUAGACUAUAAAAUCAAAGACCUGAAGACCCAGAUUGAGCCGAGAGAGAAUGAGAUCAAAGAGAUGAAGGAGCAGAUCCAAGAGAUGGAGGGUGAACUGGAGCAGUUCAACAAGAAGAACACCAAGCUGGAGCUGACUAUCACUGAAUUGAAGCUGAAACUGAAAGCCUCAGACAAAGAAAUGCACAAAAAGAUGCAGAGGGUUACGGACAUAGAGGCCCUGGUCUGCAGGUUUAAGACGGACCUCCACAACUGCGUGGGCUUCAUCCAAGAACCCAAAAAGCUAAAGGACAGCAUCCGCGAGCUAUACGAACGCUACGUCCAACAGUCUGAUGUGGUGGAGAUUGUCGGGUUGGACGCAGACAUCCAGCAAGAGUUCAGCAGGCAGAGAGAGCACCUGGAUAGGACCGUGGCCUCUCUGAAGCGCAAACUGGUCAAGGACGCGGAAGUGCACAGAGGACGCCACGUCAAGAUCAUGAAGGAGAACGUCUGGCUGAUUAAAGAGAUCAACGAGCUACGCAAGGAGCUGCAUCUGGCCCGAGCACACGCCCACAACAUCGAGACACAAGCAGGCAUCGGUAGGAGGAGCAAGUCCGAGAGCUCCACCCACCUCAAGUCAACGGCGGAAGGGGCAGCAACGCGGCUGAACUUGGAGGCAGAGCGGAUCAUCCAGUUGCAGCGUGCCGAGAUCCGCAGUCUGCAGCACAUGCUCCACAGCCAGGGUCAAGCUCCGCCCCUGACGGCACCAUCGCCAGGCACCAAACUGCCCACCCUGACCAUGUGAGCUCUGCCCACGUCAACCUACAACUUCAGAUGUGGAAGGCAGUAUUCUCUCAUAUUUUAUUUCUGUCAACAUUUUAUCAAUGUUGUUUUUUAUUUAUGAGUAUAACAAAAACAAUUACAAUGAUAUGAUUUUGGUACAAUUUAUUUAGAGUAACUUUCCAGAUUGCAAAAGGUGGAUUUAUAGAUAUUCUUAUACUGAUAUUUGUAAAUAUACUGAAUUUUUCAAUAAAGUCUAAUAUCAGUCAGCAUCCAUGUCCUAUGUGUUGUUCAGGGCAGAAUGCAUCAGAAAUCCAUUUGUUCCUCUAGCCAAGAUGUAGAACACGCAUAUGUAAUAAUGCAGUAUAAUCUGCUCCUUCAUGAGAAGAUCAGAUCAGGGUUGUUGCUGAAGUGCUGUUUCAC